AUGUUCCUCAUGACCUUGAGGUGGCAGGGACCUUGGAGGGCAGAGAGGGGCUUGGGCGAGCGGGAGGAAGGCAAGUACCUGUCCCUGGGGGAGGUGCAGGACCUUGUCCAGCCGUCCCCGGCCACGCUCAUGGCCGUGCUGAAGUGGCUGCAGGGGCACGGCGUGGAGAGCUGCAGCAGCGUUGCCACCCUCGAUUUCCUGGAGUGCCAGAUGCCGGCGAGCCUGGCCGAGCGCCUCCUGCCCGGGGCCCAGUUCCACCGCUACGUGAAGGGCCAGCGCAGCGUCGUGCGCUCCCCGCUGCCCUACGCCGUCCCUGAGGAGCUGGCGGAGCACGUCGACUUCGUGGGUGGCCUGCACCGGUUCCCCGCGGAGAGGAGGGUGGUGAGCAGAGCCUGGGACGGGAAGGACGCGGGGCCGAGGCAGCAGCACGGAGCGAGAGCGGGUUUCCACCUGGGUGUGACGCCUUCCAUCCUCCGCCAGAGAUACAACAUGACGGGGGCAGACGUGGGGCUGCACCCCAACAACAGCCAGGCCUGCGCCCAGUUCCUGGAACAGUAUUUCCACCAGGCUGACCUGGCCGAGUUCAUGCAGCUCUUUGGCAGCAGCUUUGGCCACCGCUCCCAGGUGGACCACGUGGUGGGGCACCAGGGCAAGGGCAAGGCUGGGCUGGAGGCCAGUCUGGACGUGGAGUACAUCAUGAGCACGGGCGCCAACAUCUCCACCUGGGUCUUCAGCAACGCAGGUACCCACCCCCCUGCUCCGCGGGGAGACGCG